CGCAUUGAAAUUAUUUUCACGUCAUCUCUCGUGACUCGUAGAGCCCUAUUGGGUCGUGUUUUGAACAGAAAGAAAUAUCGUUACCAUCGGUGUUGAUAAUUUUAUUUCUGUCCUAUGUUCUUAUGGUCCACGAAAAAAUAUACCGGUACAUAAUGCAUGAUAACCUUAUCAUAUGGGUUACGUCACUGGUCAAUAACGAUCGGAAAAAAUUACAUGCAAUCUGAUACAAUUUCUUCAUAAAGUGAAGAUGGUUCGUGCGUGGUACAUGGACAAGAGCAACGCCGAUCAACGGCUAGAACACCAUAAAGUACCUCCAGAAUUUCUCUCCCUUGAAGACCUGUUCGAAAAGACAGGUGUCGAAUAUUUCAAGGUCAAUUAUGAGAACUACCAAAAUGACAAUACACUGACAGAAUUGAGACAGAAACGCGGUUAUACGUACGAAGAUGAAAUUACAUGUUCGAAAGAAUGUUUACCAAAUUAUGAAGAAAAGUUGAAGAACUUUUUUACUGAACAUCUUCAUACAGAUGAAGAAAUAAGAUUGGUUUUGGAUGGAUCAGGAUAUUUUGAUGCACGAGACAAAGACGAUAAUUGGAUACGUAUCGAAGUUGUACCCGGAGAUUUAAUUAUUAUUCCCAGUGGUAUAUAUCACAGAUUUACUUUGGACACAAAUAAUUACAUCAAAGCAAAGCGUUACUUUGUGGGAGAACCCGUCUGGUUACCAUAUAACAGACCAGCCGAUAACAUGGAAUGCCGAAAAAAUUACAUUAAUCGUUUGAACAAUGGUUUCAAAGCUCAAAUUGCUUAAACAUUUGCUAAUAAAUUGUAUUUGAUGUACUGAAAAGUAAUCUACUGUCCUUUUUACUUUAGCGAAGUAAAAUUUAAUCUCCGAACAUUUGUUUGUUUGCU